UCCCCAACUCCGGCUUCAUGACAUGUUGUUGCCUGCAAAGUGCAAACAGCCAGUGCAGAGGAUGUUAGUAAACACAUAGUUAGUCAAAAACGUGCUGCACUUGAAGUGAAACUAUUUCCCGAGUAGUGUACUUCUGCAUAUAACGGACUACCAUAGCAAGUUCCCCCUGCUCUGUGUUCUCGGACACUCGUGUUAACUUUCACAGGGGUCGUCCCAUGUCUUGACAGAUCAGGGCUGGCUGAACUAUAUUUGUCUACCAUAGGAUGCACUAUGUGGCGAGUGGCUCCCUGUCCUUCGGUUCUAUGGGCCUGCUCCGUCUGUUUGGGGCAUCUUGGUCCUGGAGCCUUGCAGCAGGUCUGGGUGUUUAUUUAGGAACAGGAGGCUGGCGGUACCUGUAUGUGGUUGUUCGUACGGCUAAAAGGGACAUCAACGGGCUUUAUGUGCUGCUGAGGGUCAAACUGGCGCUAUGGCAUCAUAUCCGUCACAGAAACACCAUACCCUCCAUCUUUGCACAAACCGUGGCUAAACACCCAGACAAGCCUGCGCUCGUGUAUGAAGCCACUGGGGAAACGUGGACUUUCUGCCAGUUAGAUCAGAUCUCCAAUGCUGUGGCCCAUUGGGCACUGAGCCAGGGCUGGACCUCGGGAGAUGUGGUGGCGCUCUUCAUGGAGAGCCGGCCGCUCCAAGUGGCGCUCUGGCUUGGCCUGGCCAAAGUAGGUGUGGAGGCUGCGCUCAUUAACUUCAACCUCCGAAAGGAUUCGCUCCUGCACUGCGUGGGUGUGUCCGCGUCCCGAGGGAUGGUGUUUGGAGCAGAGCUAGCGGACGCCCUGUCUGAAGUGAGCUCUUCCUUGAGUGAGACCAUGGUGCGGUUCAGCACGGGAGACCUCAGUCCAGACCAGAUGGCCGCUCUGAAAUGUCAGCCCCUUGACUCCAUUCUGGCAUCUUCCCCUCGACACUCACCACCGUGCGCUGUGUCCAAGGGCUUCAACGAUCGUUUGUUCUAUAUCUACACUUCUGGCACCACUGGACUCCCUAAAGCUGCUAUAGUGGUGCACAGUCGGUAUUACAGGAUUGCUGCUUUCGGGUACCAUUCUUUUCGUAUGCGGCCAGACGACAUCAUCUAUGACUGUUUACCCCUCUACCACUCAGCAGGUAAUAUUAUGGGUGUGGGCCAGUGUCUGAUUCACGGUAUAACCGUGGUGGUCAAGAAGAAGUUCUCAGCAAGUCGCUUCUGGGAAGACUGUAUCAAACAUAACUGCACUGUUGUGCAGUACAUAGGCGAGAUUUGCCGUUACCUGCUGUCCCAGCCUGUGCGGCCCACGGAGCGACAGCACCGGGUGCGUUUGGCUGUGGGGAACGGGCUGCGGCCGAGCGUGUGGGAGGCCUUCGUGGAGCGCUUUGGAGUAAAACAGAUUGGCGAGUUCUAUGGAGCCACCGAGUGCAACUGCAGCAUUGCCAAUAUGGAUGGCAAGGUUGGAGCUUGUGGGUUUAACAGUCGCAUUCUUCCUAAUGUGUACCCCAUUCGACUGGUGAAAGUGAACGAGGAAACCAUGGAACUGGUUCGAGACAAGCAGGGACUGUGUGUGACUUGCCGACCUGGAGAGCCUGGGCUGUUGGUGGGGAGAAUUAAUCAGCAGGAUCCUCUGCGUCGGUUUGAUGGAUACGCUAGUCAGGAUGCCACCAGGAAGAAGAUCGCCUACAAUGUGUUCAGGAAAAAUGACUCCGCUUAUCUGUCAGGUGAUGUUUUAGUUAUGGAUGAGCUUGGAUACAUGUACUUCCGGGACCGGAGUGGUGACACGUUUCGUUGGAAAGGUGAGAACGUCUCCACUACUGAAGUGGAAGGAACACUGAGCAGCCUGUUGGGACAGAUUGAUGUAGCAGUGUUUGGAGUAAACGUACCAGGUGUGGAGGGAAAAGCCGGAAUGGCUGCCAUCGCUGACUCAACAGGAAGCUUUAACUGUAAUUCUUUCCUGAGAGAAGUUCAGCAAGCUCUUCCUCCGUACGCACGGCCAAUAUUUCUACGCAUCUCCCCAUGUGUAGAUACCACAGGAACAUUUAAAAUUCAGAAGACCAGAUUGCAGAGGGAAGGAUACGAUCCACGGCUCACAACUGACCAGAUCUACUUUCUGAACUCCAGAGCAGGCCGUUACGAGCUUGUGAACGAGGAGCUGUACAGUGCUUUUGAAGAAGGCAGGAUAUCCCUUUGAGACGAAGAAGAGAAGGUAGCCUGAACCUACCUGGUCAUCUUCUAACAUG